UUUUUAAAAAGAAAAAAAAAUUUUUUUGUUGUUUUUUCUCUUUCAAACAAAUAAAUUUUAUUCAAGAUGGAACGUACUUAUAUCAUGGUUAAGCCCGAUGGCGUUGAACGCGGUAUCGUUGGUGAAAUUAUCAAGCGUUUCGAAAAUAAGGGUUACCAACUCACUGCUCUUGAAUUGAUCCACCCUACUGCUGAACUUCUUGAACAACACUAUUGUGAUUUGAAGGGCAAGCCUUUCUUCCCCUCUUUGAUCGAAUACAUGACCUCUGGUCCUGUUGUCGGUAUGGUCUGGACUGGUAAGGAUGCCGUCAAGACUGGUCGUCGUAUGCUCGGUGAAACUAACCCCUUGGCUUCUGCGCCUGGUACCAUCCGUGGUGACUUCUGUAUUGAAGUUGGUCGAAAUCGCUUUGUGGUUCCCCGUGGUGUCAAGACUGUUGCUCGUUCUCACUCCAUCCACUCUUUGUUCUAUGAAAACUAG